ACAAUCACACCCACAAUCACACACUUGCACUCUCACACUCACACUCGCACACUCACUCACAUUCACACACACACACUCACACCCACACCCCCACUCACUCUCACUCUCACACCCACUCACUCUCACACCCACCAACCCACACACACACACACACACACACACACACACACACAUACGUUCCUCUAAGACUCGUCCAUCGUAGUAAAGAUGCCUGCGCUUGAAUCCAAACACGUCAGCGACGAUGUGCGAAGCAAGUCCUCAUACUCGGCCAAUUCGUCUUUCACCACUGACAUUCCCUGUUUUAGUUCUCGGCUACGACCCAUUGAUCCCCCCGGCGCUCCUCUCCUCUGAGAUCCCAAUUCCUCCCAACGCCGAAGAAACAGUCAUCCAGGGUCGCCAAGAUGCCAUCCAGAUCGUCACCCAGAAGGACGACCGUCUGCUUGUCAUGGUUGGGCCCUGCUCGCUCCAUGACCCCGCUACAGCCCUCGAGUACUGCCAGCGCUUAAAGACCACCGCCGACAAGCUGAACAAGGAACUUGUGAUCAUCAUGCGUGCCUACCUCGAGAAACCUAGGACAACAGUUGGCUGGAAAGGCCUUAUCAAUGACCCAGACAUUGACGAAACCUUCCAAAUCAACAAGGGUCUCAGAAUCUCCCGCAAGCUCUUCUGUGAUCUUACAUCAUUGGGUAUGCCUAUUGCCAGUGAGAUGUUAGACACCAUCUCCCCACAGUUCCUUGCCGACCUAAUCUCCCUCGGGGCUAUUGGCGCGCGAACCACGGAAUCGCAAUUGCAUCGUGAAUUGGCCUCUGGCCUGUCUUUCCCAAUUGGUUUCAAGAAUGGCACAGAUGGUGGUCUAACGGUAGCCGUUGACGCUAUCGGAGCUGCCGCAGCCAAGCAUCACUUCAUGGGAGUAACGAAGCAGGGCCUUGCGGCUAUCACGCGCACAACUGGUAACGAACACUGCUUUGUCAUUCUCCGUGGUGGAACCAAGGGAACCAACUACGACAAGGAGAGCAUCAAGGCUGUAAGAGAGGCCUUGAGGAAGAAGGGCCAGAGGGAGGUCAUGAUGGUGGACUGCUCACAUGGCAACUCGAACAAGGACCAUCGAAACCAGCCCCUCGUUGCAAAGUGCGUCGCUGAUCAGGUCCGCGAAGGCGAGACUGGAAUCAUCGGUGUCAUGAUCGAAUCAAACAUCAACGAGGGCAACCAGAAAGUCCCCGCCGAAGGACCCAGCGGAUUGAAAAAGGGUGUUUCCAUCACCGAUGCUUGCAUAGAUUGGGAGUCGACGGUUACCGUGCUCGAGGAACUCGCUGCCGCUGUUGCGGAGCGGAGAUCAAAGAACGGAACCGCGAAUGGGCCAAACUGACCUCACCUCGCUGGGAGCUCUCAAGCGUUGACAGGACCAUC